AUGGUCAAGGUCAACACCAACAUCUCGGCUUCCCGCCGCAAGAGCCGCGCCGCUCACUUCAAGGCUCCCUCCAGCGAGCGCCGUGUCAUCAUGAGCGCUCCCCUCUCCAAGGAGCUCCGCGAAAAGUACAAUGUUCGCUCCAUCCCCAUCCGCAAGGACGACGAGGUCACCAUUGUCCGCGGCUCCAACAAGGGCUCCGAGGGCAAGGUCACCUCCGUCUACCGCCUCAAAUACGUCAUCCACAUCGAGCGCGUCACCCGCGACAAGGCCUCUGGCCAGUCGGUUCCCCUGGGCAUUCACCCCUCCAACGUCGUCAUCACCAAGCUCAAGCUCGACAAGGACCGUGAGGACAUCCUGGCCCGCUCCAAGCGCGGCCGCGAGCUCGCUGCCACCAACAAGGUCACUGCUUAG